CCCGCCAAAUAAAAUGCCACUGCGACUUCACAUGCACCGUUUAUCCGCGCGGUCAAAUUCUCUCCUCACUGCCCAACCGCUCAAUACGGUGUACUCCGUACUUGACUAAGUCUCCGUUACCACUUAACGCCUGAAAUCCCGCAUUCCAUCUCGCAGUCAAAAUGGACCAGUCAACAUCAACGUCCAUCCAGCCAGAAAAGCCGCAUGAUGCAACCUCCGCCGCUCCAAGUGAGGGGAAGCAACCCCAGCCGACGCCGCCGGUAAAGGUAGAACAAGCAGCGCAAAAGGAUGAAGAGGAUGACGACGACGACGAUGAUGAUGAAGAUGAUGAAGAAUCGGACCUGGAUGAUCUCGAUGAGGUCCUCGACGACUUUUCCAACCCAGCCAAUGCCAACAAACAAAAACAACCCGAAAAUGCCCCUCCACAGCCAACCACCACCACAACCACCGAAAAUGAACCUGGAAACGACGGCGAAUUCGACGAACAAGCCUUCAUGAAACAACUCGAACAAGACAUGGCCAGCAUGAUGUCCCAGGCCCAGCAGGAAUCCGGAUCCUCCGAUAACAAGGAAUUCCAAGAUACCGUCGAACAAGGCGCCGAUGCGUUUGCGAAACAGUUGGAGGACAGUGGUGUGCCGCCGGGUGAUUUCCUUAAGCAGCUUUUGGCGGAGGUUAUGGCUGAAGAGGGUGGUGAUAAAGAUAAGAGUGGUGGUGCUGGGGGUGCUGGUAAAGGUGCCAGUAAUUCAAGCGCAGAUGCUAAAGCCAAUAAAGCCAAUGCCCAAGCUGCUGCUGCGGCUGCCGCAGCAGAGAAAAGCCCUGAAUCCUUUAACGAGACCAUUCAACGCACUAUGAACCGCAUGCAAGAGUCCGGCGAAAAAGCCACCGCCGCUGCCAGCGAAGACGAUGAUGUCCCCGACGAGGUUCUCCUUCAGCUCCUCAAGGCCCUUGAAUCCACUUCCUCCGGUAACGAAGAUGACAUCCAGAAGAUGUUCAUGGGGUUCAUGGAGAAGGUGUCGAGCAAGGACAUCCUGUAUGAACCGCUGAAGGAACUGGAGGGCAAGUUUGAGCCUUGGAUUGCAGAGAAGAAGGGCAAGGGGGAGCUCAGCGACGAAGAUGUCAAGCGAUAUCAGAUGCAGACACAGAUCGUUAAAGAUGUGGUCGCGAAGUUCGAGGAGCCGGGGUAUUCGGAUGAGGAUCCGAAGUGUAGGGAGUGGGUUUGGGAGAGGAUGCAGGAGAUGCAAAACGCAGGAAAUCCCCCUGACGAACUCAUCCCCAAUCCUCUUGCAGAGAUGAGCGGCGCCGGUGGACAGGGAGCGGUACCCCCGGACUGUGUUCCGCAAUAAUUCUGCAUUCUGAAUUCUGCAUUCUUGGGAGUAUGAUGCGACAUCUGUCAUAUCGUGAUCCAUUAAAUAACAUUUCUUGGCAUAUCUGUACAUAUACAUAUACACCGGUCGAUACCCUAUUUACAUGGCUUAUUAUCCUAUCCAAAUCCAAUGUAACCAAGCCACCAACGCCGCUUAUGCAAUAUCGUAGACCAGAGAGUUUAUCCGCUUGACAUGUCCAUCCCCUGGUCUUGUAGGCUUGGCUCAGGGAGGUCCAUGAAGAUAUCGUCAUAUUCCUCGUCGCUAAACGAGUUCGUCCCCCCGUUUAGCUGUUGUUGCUGCUGCUGCUCAUGUUCCAACGAAUGCAACAACUCCAUAUCCGCCAUCUCCAUCUCCUGCUCCUGCGACAAAAACUCAUCCAACUGGGCAGUUUCAUCUGUUCAAGUUAGCCUCUCCUCCAUCUAUCAUCAAAUACAGAGAAAUGAAAACAUACCCUCAGUUAACCCAACAACCCC